AUGCAGGAACCAGAGGAAAAGAAAAUCGUUCUGGAGCUGCUGGAGACAGAGCAGGCUUACGUCAACCGCCUCCACCUUCUCGACCAGAUUUUCUAUACAGAGUUGAUGAAAGAAGCCAAAAAUGGGAAGACAGUCCCAAAGGAGGUGGUGAAAAUGAUCUUCUCUAACAUCUCCUCCAUCUACCAGUUCCAUGCCAAGUUCUUCCUGCCAGAGCUGCAGAAGCGCAUGGAGGAUUGGAGCUGCAACCCGCGGAUUGGGGAUGUGAUCCAGAAGCUGGCACCGUUCCUCAAGAUGUACGGUGAAUAUGUAAAGAACUUCAACAAGGCUGUGGAGCUCAUCACCGUCUGGUCAGAGAAAUCCCCACCCUUCCAGGAGCUCAUUGCCAACAUCCAGAAGAGAAAGGUCUGCGCCAACCUAACGCUGCAGCACCACAUGCUGGAACCCGUGCAGAGGAUCCCGCGCUACGAACUCCUCCUGAAAGAUUAUGUCCGAAAACUAGCGCCUGAGUCCCCAGACAGGGACAAUGCAGAGAAGGCCCUGGAGAUGAUUUUCAUGGUGGCCAAGCACUCAAAUGCAGCUAUCGCUGAGAUGGAACGGCUGCAGAACCUCUGGGUGGUCUAUCAGCGGCUGGGCCUCGAGGACGACAUUGUGGAUCCCUCCAAUGAGCUGAUCAAGGAGGGGCCGAUCCAAAAAAUCUCCACUCGUAGCAACAGCACAUCGGAGAAGUACCUGUUCCUGUUCAACAACAUGCUGCUGUACUGUGUGCCCAAGGUCAUCCAGGUGGGUGCUGAGUUCCAGGUCCACCUCCGCAUUGACGUGGACGGCAUGAAGGUGCGUGAGCUGAACGACACACAGUUCCCUCACACCUUCCUGGUCUCGGGAAAGCAGCGGACGCUGGAGCUGCAAGCCAGGUCUGGGGAGGAGAUGAACACCUGGAUCAAGGCCUUCCAAGAUGCCAUUGACAGGAAAGAGAAGAGGAGUGAGACUUUUAAGACAGCAGUGCAUGGGCUGGAGAUGGGCACCUCUGCAUUGAACACAGAGGAGCUGGGCCGCCGAGCUCCACAGUGGGUGCGGGACAACCUGGUGACCAUGUGCAUGCGCUGCAAGGAGCCCUUCAAUGCCAUCAUGCGCCGGAGACACCAUUGUCGAGCUUGUGGAUACGUGGUGUGCGCUCGCUGCUCCGACUACAAGGCCAAGCUGCAGUACGAUGGGAACCGCCUGAACCGGGUAUGCCAGGAGUGUUAUGUCUUCCUGACGGGCCACGUGGUGCUCGAGGAGCGGGAGGGGAAGCACAAGGGCAUCCUGGAGAAAGGAGCUGCAGAGGUAUCAGGCAAGAGUUUGCUGUGCAGUUCCUUGCAGCUGCUGCACAAGAACGGCAAGGAGGGCACACGGGGCUGGUUCGUGAUCCCGCAGGACGAUCCCCUCGCGCUGUACAUCUACGCGGCCCCCCAGGACGUCCGAGCCCACACCUCCAUCCCACUGCUGGGCUACCAGGUGAGGGACCUGCCCCAGGGCGACCCCCCCCACUUCUUCCAGCUGGUGCAGUCCCGGCAGGUCUACACCUUUGCGGCCGACACCGAGGAGCUGAAACGGCGCUGGAUGAGGGCCAUGGCGCGCUCCGCCGCGGGGAUCACGCACCCAGAGGAGGGUGAGGAUGCGGACUCCUGUGACGAAGCAGAAUGA